UGGAUCCCUUGUCAAGCAACACAUGGACAUGACAUUUGCUCUUCGCAGAAAAGAAGUUGUUAAUGAGAAGCCUCACAUCAGCCAGAUGAUUCUUCGAUGGCCAGCUCUGUUUACAGAGAGUCAGGUUUAUUACGAGUUCAACCGAGUAGUGGGUAAAAAUCUCAGAGAGAGCUUCUUUGAUGCUCUUGACCGUUACUCUCCAAAUCUAAUGGACAUCUUCAGAAAGAAGAAAGGCCUUGCUGGUCAGCUUUUGGCUGAGCUUUUACGUAAGACAAAGACCACUGAGCCAACAGAUGUUCGGUCCCUUUGCCUUCGUGGACUGCCAGUCAUUUUGGGGGAUGAUCCUUCCACCUUCUUUAAGACCUGCUCCGAUAUCACUGACGAGGACUCAUUCCAGCAAAUUCCAGUAGGAAUCCUCUGCGUUGAUGCAGAAACUCCACAACUGAACCCUUCCCAAGUGGCCAUCAUCUUGGAAGGGAAUUCCGUUAUGGAACCAGACAACCUGCCUCAGGCCUUCUGUCUAACUUUUGGACUUAUUUAUGGCCUUCACUUGGACUAUCCUAAGUGCAUGAGAAACACUUUUAAUUUCAUCCAGCAGGUGUUCCUUAAUCUUGGAAAGGUGGAGCUGGCACCAAAAAUUCAAUCCUUAAAAAAUCUGCUCACAAUUAUGUAAAAUGGUGUCGUCCACUAGUCAUCAUUUUUUUUUUUUUUUUUUU